AUUAUAAUUGCACGUUCCCCUGGUGUGUUGUAGGAAACAUUGUGUUUUCACUAUGUCUUAAUCAAAAUUGGAGGUCAGAACAUUUUAGAAGACAGCAUUGAAGGCUGACAGACAGCAUUGAAACAUUAAACAGCCAGAACAGAGCUAUUGGUGGUCGUUAAUCCUCUGUACUGACUAGAAACCUCAACUUAGCUGGGCUUCAGCCCUUUGGGGGGAUUUACAUAAACUGCAUGAUAUGACAGUUUGCAGUCAUUUCAGGUACAGGGGUUUUUAGGCUAUGCAGGAAUUGUAUCACUAAUCUUGAAUUAGGUUCUUGCUCACACCUUGCCAUGUGAGGAAAACGCAGGAAAUGCACUUUGUAUGUAUGUGUAAUUGAACAAAGCACAAACCCAUGCAAGCAGGAUUCACAGUCUGUAACAGGAAUUUGGCUCAGUCACUUGUGCCAAGUGGCACGUGCUGCUGUUGCUGUGCUGCUGUGCAGGAUCCAGCAAGUGGCUGUAUGGGAUGCUUUUGGCAGAUCAUACAGUAGAUUGUACUGUGUGCAUAUAUGUUGUAGUAAAUGUUACGUAUGUCUUCAAGAAGACCGAAGACUUGAUUUUUAUUCAAAUAGGUUCAAAGUUUUGUCUUUGUUAACUGUGUAUUGGGAAGAAUGUUUCCUCUUGGGACAUCUCGAAGGGUUUGGUUUCAUUGUAUGUUCUGCCAGGAGCUUUGCUUGUGCUAUGCAAAGCAGCAGAUACUUCCUGCUUCCAACUUAACUUGGAGCAAGCACUAGGGAGCAUUCUGAAAAACUCAUGCUUUUUUUUUCUAAGAAAGCUGGUGCACUUUUUCUUCGUUCCUCUUCCCUUUUUUUUUUUAUUCUGAGUUCUCUUCUCUGUUUUACAUUUCUUAGAUGUGAAUUUUUUCUUAUUUGACAAUAGAGGAAAAAAUUCAACCUGGUUUUCUGCCAUACUUCUGAAAGUUGAACAUUUGAGAUUUGUUGGUUGUUUCUUGGGUUUUUUUUGCCCUAUACCCAGGGCAUUAGUGCCAAUAAACCAAUGUGUAAACUUGAGUAAGAGUGGCUUGCAGAUUUUCUUCAAGAACUUGAAGCUCUUGUCUGUGCAUUUCAGCAGGUACAUUAGCAUUAAAGGCAAUUUAUUAGUCUUCAUAUGGGUGCUAAAAAAUUGUAUUUAAAUCUUAAUUCCUGUUCUUCCCUACUUAUUUGGAGAAAAAGAGCAUAACCAUUUAUUUAUAUUUCAGGAGACCUUACUGUUCUCUUCAUGAGAAGAGAAAGCUGAUGUCAGUUUAGGUAUCUUGGAAUGUACCCUUAGUGCCAAAAUUAUUUCAAAUAACUCGUUCUAUUGUGAUUAAAGCUUUUCUUUAGCUGAAUAUUUUGUCUGAAAAAGGUGAGACCGGUAGCUUAUUAGUUAUACCAAUAUGAUACUCUUAUGUGGACAACAUCAGAAGGUCAUUCUGGUAUGAGCAUAAUUACCAAUAUAUUCUGUUAACACUGGUGUUUUCAAAAUGGUCCCUUCUAAUGUAAUGCCAUUCUUCCAUGAGUUGAUUUUUUCCAGUGCUUCAGGACUUCACUUGCAAGUUCUGUGUACAAGGUUAUAGUUGGAGAAAACCUUCACAGAGUGCAGGAAAGGAUUAGCAAACUGAAAUCAUUAAGACACUUCCAUCUUUCCAUAAAUGUGAUAGGAUGGAGAAAAGACUUCUGGAAUCCUGACUCUAUUGCCUUUAGCAAGUACAUACUUCAGGUCAGGUGAAAACCACCUGCUGUUUCUUGUGUCUUAAUUAUUUUGAGAUUAGAGGGCUAGACUGCAAAAAGACGUAGGUGCAUGUUUGUGCUGAUCAUUAUUUCAGUAUGCAUUUGAUGUGGGGCCAUACUGCCAUGGCACCUAGUGAGCUUUCUAGGAGUCUGUUUUUAAUAGACUUACAAGAGAUGUGCUGAACUGCGUUCCCAGCUGUUUUGGCUAUGCUGUUCUCCUGGGAUAUCUUGAUACACCUUGUCCAAAUGCUUUUGUUCAGGAAGAAAGUUAUUUCAAUGGGGAAUCUUGAUGCACUUCUGUAGAUCCUAUAAAAAUAUAUAUUAGGCUAGUUCUUCAUUGGAAGUGGUUAUAUAAAGUAUUUUUUUGUUUUCUCUUUGAACAAUAACUGAAUUUUUGUAAUUAUGAACUUAGUCAUUCUGUUAUUUGGCAAGAACAAAACUGAAGACAUUUUACUGUGAGUAAUGCUGAAUAGGUUAGGUAAUCAAUAGUGACUAAAUGAAAAUGAAGGUUUUGGUGUUUGGAUGGAAUCCUUCAGAAAUCACUUUUCAGUGUUGCUGGUUAAAGGAUGCACAGGUCACUUUUUCACUAACAUGUUUCAAAGUCUUAAACUCAGAGUGAGUGAGCCGGUCUUUUCUUCUGCAUUGAAGUAGCUGUGAAAUUAUGCUAUUUAAAGCAUAAUCUAGAUCAAUCACAAGUCUCGUAUGGUUCAUUUCCAACACAACCAAUCAGUUUGGCUGAUUCUAGUGGUAUUUAACAGCAGAAUUUUGCACACAAGCUGUGUGAAGGAAAUUGGCAUCUUGAGGAUCUUCAUGGAUUUCUUGUCAACAGUAGCUUAGACUUACAUUGGAGGUACAUAGCUUAGAGGAUACUAGCAGAUUCUUAACUUUGAUGGUUUUCUUAGCUUUGGGAGUUAAAUGUGCUGGUUUUUCAACAUCUUUAACCUGGAGGUGGGCUUUGUCACUUUAGGUGACAUCUGCCAAUAGACUGUUUGUAUCCUGAUUGACAAUUACUCUUUCUGAGAGAGCCCUUGUUAGGCUGGACCCAGGAGAGUCAGCGUUUAAGAAGCAGUUCACUCCAUUUUAACUCACUUCUGUGCUUCCUUUUCAAUAGUAACUCUUUGCUGCUAGAAAUUGGGUUACUCUGAGGGAAGAGGCCAAGGUGCAAAUCCCAUGGUGGAGGUAGUUUGUAUGUCCUGUCUCUGCCAGAUAAAAUUUAACUGACCUUUAGUGCUAAAGGUAUGCACAAGUCUUUUUCCUUGCUUGUUGAGCCUAAACUCUUCCUCUGCCAUGCUAACAUUUGAAUGUGUGGCCUGUCAGAGCACUUUCCAAGGACCAAAGAAUUUUCUUUCCUUGAUUAGUCAAAUUGAAGACCUGAUUGGAAAUUUGAAAAUAUCUUUAGAAGGGAUUCCUGUCACCAAGCGACAACAGGUUCUGCAAAUGUGUGUUUCAGUGCAGGAUAUUACAGUGGGGCCAUGUAAACUUGCCAUCUGAUUGCAAUAUCAGCAUCACCCAUUCUUUCCCUAGCUGAAUAAUUACCAGCUGCUGCCGUGGGUUUCUGUUAAUGGGAAUUCAAAUCUGUGUGGUACAUUGAAAUUUUGUUUACAGUACCUAUAAGGAUUGACAAAAAUCAAUCUUUCUGUUGUUCAAAGCAGGGGAAAAUAUCUAGAGCUUCCUAAAAGAUGGUACUUAAUUGUACUUUUAAGUCUGUGGGGAAAAAAAAGUUUUUUCUUAGGAGGUUCUUUAACAGGAUGUCUCAGGCUUAUUGCUGCUGGAUUAUGUUGUUCAAAAAUCCUUUUGCAGGCCAUCUAAGAAUAAGCCUCAAAAUGAAAAGGAACUGAGGAAAUCAAGUUUAUUAGUUUAAUAGAGGACCAUGUGCUCAGUGAAAAUUCAGUAUACCAUAUAAUUCUCAGAUCAUUGGACAAUACACAGUAUUACAUGCAGUAUGUGCCAAUUCAGUGUUAAGCAGCAGUUUGUAUAAUGAGUAGGUGAUAUUCAAGAGAUCACGACUAGCUUUAAACAGGAAAUGGGAGAAUUAGACUUUAAAUUGGACAUGUCAGCAUCAUGAAGGAUCAAUACUGGUUGUUGUUUGUUCUUUCUGUCAUGGUAUUCUAGAUUUAGGCCAUAAGAAAAGUGAAUAAGGCCAUAAGAAUAGUUUUAUACAUGUACAUGAUGUCUAAUGCUCAUGUUUAAUUCUUUCAGUGUGUAGAAUGUGUACUUAAACUCUUAGCAGUUCAUUAACCAUGAUCUGUUGGAGGGAAAGUUACGCAAUUUGAUCAGCUGUUUCAAAAGCCUGCAGUAGUGUCUCUGAAACAUCUGUUGUGAUGCUGCUCUUCUCUGUUCCCUUCACUGGUGAUGGGCAUGGCAUCAGGUGUGGCCUGGGAGUGCAGCAUAAUCACUGUUUCUUCAGAACUUGUUACAGUUGCAUGACUUUGUUGUAGAGAAAGAAUAAAGGAAGUUAGAUUUUGGUAGGUUGUAAGGACUGUUUUGGCUUUUGUUAUUGGAACUUAAAAUCUAGAUUGUUUUUAAACUUAGGCCUAUAAGGCUAUAUCUGGGAUAAACCCUUACUUCUUGGCAAAUAAUAAGUAGAUUGAGAAAUGAAAGAUGGGUAAGUAUACUCUAGUUAAUAAGCAUGUUGACUUCUUGCCUUCUGUGUAGGUCCGUGCAGGAUAUAGGACUAAAUACCUAUUAAAAAAAAUCGUUCAGGUUAUGAAAGUGCUGCUUCAGAGCACUUUUGUUUCAUGCAGUCAGAAAACAUGUUAAGGCUUUGAGUAGAUGAGAAAUAUACCAGAGCUAAAAUAUGCAUGAAUUCAGGGGGAAAAAAAACAACAAAAUAACAAAAUUUACUCCCUGGGCGAGUUGGGCUCUGAAGUAGCGGAGCAUGAACUCUGUUAAGUGCUUUUCAAGUUGGUGGCAGUGUUAAGCUUAGCCAGAAGGUGCCUCGAGUGAUGUAGCGUAACAGGAGUGGCAUUUUCUGCUUAAGUUCAUGUUGCCUUUUUUUUUUUAAAGUUGUAAUCCCACACUAAAUAGUGUUGAGAAAUUUGACUUAAUGAAUGUGCACUGUAGCUGCUUUAAAAUAGAAACUAUCCCUGGAACCCUAAGAUAAAAACAAAGGAACAAGUACAAAAUGUGCUCUUGCACAUGAGAAGGGUAUGGGAAAACUGGAAUAAGUUUCUGCUUGCCUGAACUGCUUCACCCCUUUUCUUCCCAUUAGUUGAUAGGAGAAGUGGUUAUUAAAGCACUGGAAAAGUGGACUUUGCCCAUGUCUGUCUCUUAAAGACACUUAGCUCCUCUCUAGAAAGCACGAGUUAGUAAUGGUUAAAUCACAAAGGGAAAAAUCUUGCUAUUUGUUUAUCUGAUAAAGGAGUUUUCUGAAUAGUUGUGAAUUUUUUGAGUAUUACUGUGACUUUAAGCUGACAUUAAAAACAGUUAAAUUGUUUGCUCAUGGCAUUUCUUCAAAAAAACUAUUAUAAGUAACUCCUUCCCCCUUUCCCUGUUCUUGGUUCCAGGGAAUGCUAAAGAGAGGAGUGACUUGGCAUAGUUUUCAGUCUGGAUCCAAGCAUGUUGAAUAACUUUGUCCCAGGGGAGAAUUGAAAAAAAUGCAGCAGAUGGCAGCAAUGAUGCAUCAGACUUCCUAUCCUUAGGAACAGUGUAGCUGCAGGCACUUGGAGUCUUCCUGGGUUGGAUAAGGGGCAGGGGAGGGUACUUUUCCUCUGAUCUUACUUUACAAUUUCAAAGCAGACUUGCUGAAGAGAGGAUGUACUUUUUUUGUCAAUUCAGCAAUCUUUUAUGGUCAGAGUUAGAGGAAUAUUAGUUGCCAUAAGGUGGACAACCAGUGGAAAAAUAGCACUGAGUUAAGUGUUCAUCUGAAAGAACAUUUGAAAUAGAGUUUAAGGGUCUGUCUUGUCUUACACUCUUUUCAGUAUCUUUUAAAUAAAAGAGUAGAGUGGUGCUGUAGGUGUACACUGUGUAAGCUCUCUGAAGUAUGGGGUCCAAAUCUGAAAUAAUAUUGAUGCAUUUAAAAGAAGGUCUGAGCAAUGUGAGGUAAUGGAAAGGCAAAGAAGAACAAAUCUGUUGAGGGCAGAAAAAGAUGGCUGGGUAUUUUCAGCUUUUUUAUUGGGCUUUUAUAUUUGAAGAAACAGAACCACUUUUUAUUAGCAACUAUAAGAACUUACAGUAAUAGAAGUAUUUCAAUAUGUAAAUACAUGUGUAUAAAAAAAGGUUUAGUUGUUAUGACCUCAGAAGGAGUCUGUAUAUGUACAACAAUGAAAACAACUGAGGACAGACUUUUGGAAGGAAUAGCAUUCAGUCAAAUUACUUUUUAAAUAUUUGAGUUUUUAGUAAAAGGAUACACUGUUUUUUUCUGAGCUUAGGUAUAAUUAAUCAUGUCACAAUACCAUGAGUGGGUAAAUGAUCCUGGGGCCCCCUUCAGUGCUAUAAGUCACUGAGGAAUUAUGUAUUCUUUUUUUUUUCAUGCAGAUAACAAAUUUUAAAAAAAGGCUUGGAACAGAAUUAGCUUCUGAUAACGUACAAUGACUGCUCAAUGGAAUACAUGAGGUCUUAUCUAUCUUUAGCCUGUUUUUCCUAAAGAAGUAAUUGUGGUGUAGGUUCAGCUCUGGGGGAAGGGAGGAGGAGAAAAUGGUCCAAAAAGUGUUUGAUCUACACGUCAGAUUUAAACAUGUCAAGGCAGUAUGCAUUUUUCUUGUGUAGAAGGUGAGAAUUGUAGUAAAUAUGAAAACAAGUAGUUUCUGGCACAUAUGGGCAUUGUGAAAGAUGUCGUUUAAAUAUUUUAACUAUUUGGAUGAACAAAACUUUUUAGGAAACAAUAGAACUUCAUAAGACUCAGUAAUACUCCUAAACAGACUGUAAUCUCAUUAGAAGGAAUAUUUGGCUUGAAUAUUACAGUGCAUAUGAUGAAAUACUGAAACAUUGCUCAGCAACUGGGAUUUGGACUUUGAGUGGCAAUGACAUAUGAACCUCUGCAUGGUUUCAAACUGUGCUAUUUUUGGCAGUUGGGUGUUGGCUUGUCUCCUCAGUAGCCAUAGAAAGUUAGUGUAAAGAGGAAGGUGAUUUGCAAUGAGAAGACCCUCUGACACUACUUAUUAAACAUGGGCUGCUGCUUCAGUAAAGAAUUGAGUAACAGCACGAGUGAGGAGAAAACCAGCUUGUUACAAAAAUCUGUGGAAGAGGAAGCACCGAAGUCAAGGAUAAGUAAAACUUUAUCUUCAAUUUUUGGAACUGUGGAAAGCCAGGAUCUGCAUACAGUGGGAAGGACAGUUAAUGGGGCAGCUGUGACAGUCGGCAUUGAACGUGUUUGUAGUGAUGAUUGCGCAGUGUCAGAUUCUAAAUCUGUUUUUUGGAGUAGAAAAGGAAAAUAUUCUUCAUAUAACAGCAUGGGGAAUACUUCCCAUGCAAGCCCUAGGAGGACAUAUGGCAGACCUUUUAGCUUCUUUAAUUCCUUUAGUCACCUCUUGAAAGCCUCUGGUACGUAUGGAAAUCUGCAAAGAAGUGAAGAAAAGAAAGAUAAGAUUAUUAAAAAAAGAGCACGUAAAAAACUUAAUAGUAAUGGUCAGCAUGUGAACAAUAUAGAAAAUAAUAAUAGCAAUAUUAAUAAUGAAAAUGUAGCUUCACAAGAGCAUUGCUUGUUUGAUCAUAUUUCUAAUUCACGUGUAGCAGAUAUUGUAGACAAAGGCUUACAGAGUGAAAUUUCCUUAAAUAGAAAUUCUCUGGAGGAUUAUGCAGUUACAUGUGACCAUUCAAGGCAAAAUGAAACAACAGUAAAUGCUGAAGACAGCAAGAGUGACAGCUUACAGCAAGUUUCAAGUUCAUAUAGAGAGAUGUCUCCAACAUUUUCCUGUCUUGAUGUAGACAACAGUCAAAAUGUGAAAGACAAGGAGUUUUACAGCAUUUGUGUUGUAGAUGCCGAAGAUCUGAAAGGGGAUGAAGAGGUGCCAGCUACUGUGCAUGAAGAGACUGCAGCAGACAUAGAUAACUCAGCUGUUACUGAUGAAGGAAUGUGCACCAUGGCACGACCUCUAGACAGAGGGAAGGAAUUUCCAAUGCAACAAUUGGCACAAGUGGAAGCUAAGUUUAAUUCACAGAAAGAACUGUUUGAGUACAAAAAAGAGGAUAGAUCAAACAUGGAGAAAAAGGAUACAAAGGAAUAUUGUAGCCUAGACAUCCAGUGUUCUUUUGAUAACUUAUUGACUGACAGGUGUCAGGUGCAGACGUUAAAUACUGACAGUACAGUAACAGAUGUCUUAAAAGCAGAAGUGCCUGGUGAAAUCAUCCCUGAGAAUCAGCAAGAGGAGGUAUAUACCAUGGGUAGUGCUACCAGUUUGAAUGAAUCACUGCAUAUAGCUUGUGAUUCUGUGAAGCCUGUGGAUGCUGCUGGAGAGGACCAAUACAGCCCUAACUCAGAAAAGGUGAAAAACAGUGAUCGUAUUUCCAAUGUAUUGUUAAACACUGGAGUAUCUAAUUCAGGAAAAGCUGAGGGAAGUAAUCAUUCUGAUGUUGUACCACUUGUUGUGCCACUAACUAGGCAUCCCUCAAGUGUUGUAGAGCAAAUAAAUGCCAAACAGGUGGUAGACAACAUAGGAGGUAACUUUAAAUUGUCAUUAGAGUUACAUGAAAUGGACAAUGUAGAAAAACUUGAUGAAGAAGUCUGCUUCCUAGAGCCAGAAAGUGAAGUAAACUCAACUGUGGAAAAGAAAACACUUGAAAGAACAUAUGGUGAUAGCCAAACAUUUUCACCAGACUCUAGUGAACAUCACAGCAGUUUUGAAGAAUCCUUGAAAGAGGGAGACAAAUGCACUGGUACAGUUUUGCAUAGCUGUGAAGCUUUGAACAUGACUGAAACACAGCUGAACUUGGAGGAAGGUUCUGAUUUUCAAACUCACAUUAAGGGUUGCACUGAAAUCAGGGCAUCAUCUGAAGCUGCAAUCCACAGUGGCAUGGAGGAGGAGACCUGUGUGAGUGCCACUGAACUAAAGGGUGACUUUCUUGAGGAAGCUGGUAACUUGAGCAGAACUAGAUCAGAGAUAAGUGAUGGCACUGUGACAUCUCAUGCACAUAAUCCAAGCACAGAUGAAAUGUUCCUAAAGGAAAACAGCCUAGAGUGUCAGGUUUCACAAGAGUUAGUAGAGAAUAAAGGGAAAGUGUGCAACUAUUCAAAUUCAGAUAACAAAACCAGUGUCUCUUCUGUGUCUGUGGAAUGUGAGCAUAUGCAUAAAAUAGAUAUGAACAGCAGACAAGAUGAACAACAGGAUGUAUGUUCCUUCCAUGCAGUGGAAAAUCAACGGAGUGCAGAGACUGAGGUAGCCAAAAUAGCUGGGCAUGUAGUAGAAUCUAUAAAACAGACGAAAUUUGAAGGUCAACUAAAUGAGUCCAUUGAUAACCAGGCAGAAAAUGUAAAACAGAAUCUGGAUGCUAACAUUGCUGAUUGUGAUAAAUUCAAUUGCAGUAAAGGCUUGGCUGACAGUCAGAAUGCUCCCUGUGACUCCACUGUACCUGCAGUCACGGACAGUUGUAUGUACAGGAGUGUAAAAUUAAAAGAUGCCACUAAAAAUCUGGAAGAUGCCAGUAAACUCUUAAAUAAAGACCACAACUUUUUGCCUAUAUUGUGUCAAAAUGCAUGUUCUCAUGAGCAUGACAAACCAGCAGAAGAGCCUGAGUUGUGUCACUGUGCCUGUCCAGAGCCAGAAGUUGGGAACACUGAAGUUUCUAUUGGGCCUUUUACUGAGGAAAGAUCAGAAACUCACAAAAAAAGUACAUGUGAUGUAAAUGAAUGUGAUCUUCAGGAUGGUGAAGUAAACCAGUAUGUCAGCAUCCACGCAAAGGAGAACCUCACUGGUUUUGGUUUAUCAGCUGAGAACCUAGAACCUUUUACCAGGGGGAAUUUGAAGCAGUUGCAAGCCAAGGCUACUGAACUGAAAAACACCAGUUACAUAUUAAAUACUCAGAUGAAUGACUUGACCACAAGCUGGGAACAGAUGCAGCCAGAUCACAAGAUUUUCUCAAACAAAGAGCUUGGAGUUUGUGUUGACCCAAAGCAGGUAGACAAAUAUGCUGCUACUCCUUCCUAUGAAAUAUCCAGUGCCUCUCCUGGUGCGGCAGGUUUUCAGCAAGGCAGAGAGCAGUGCAUGUUAGGUCUGAUGGAAGAUGGAUCAAGUGACCAGAAGCAGUCCUAUGACCUGGACAGACAAAAUCCCCAUGCUGAAAUGUGGUCACAUUUCAUCAAUCUUCAGACUGGCAAUGCUGAUUGGACAAAUCAGCUGCUUUCUGACACCGUUCCUUCUAGUAAUGGUGAAUAUCUAGUGGGCUUUUUAUGGAAUAAUGCAGCUUCUAAUGAUACCGUGAAGAAUGAUAGACUGUGUAUAGUUAAUGAAAACUUCCAGAAUGAACCUGAAAAUUUAACAAGUGCUUCAUAUGCAGUGGAAACAUACCCGUAUCAGCUGCUAGCACCAGAAUAUGCUGGUACGUGGGGAUGGCACAAUAAAGACGAACUUGAGUCAACCAAGGUUUCUGAGUUAAACCCCAAUGCAAAGGUGUGGGGAAAUCAUAUGUUACACUUGGAAGCAAGUGGUGCCACUGAUGGUAGUGUGAGCAAAACGUGGGAAGAAAUACCUGACCAGCCUCCAGAUUCCUGUAAAGAAGGACUGGAUGCCAACGGCGAUGGCGACAAAAAGCAUCAGAACGCGGUGCUGACGGAGCUGCCGGAGCCCAGCGCGGCCGUUCCGGGCUCAGAGCAGGCGGACAUGAACCCCUUGGCUCUCGAUCAUUCCGAGUAUGAGUCUAUGCACGAAACCACCCAGACAGGUGGAAGUGAACAGUUGCAGCCAGAAGGUCAGGAAGAUUUACGAGAAUUACUGAAAAAGACACUGGAAUUCUGCUUAUCUAGAGAAAAUCUUGCCAGUGACAUGUACCUUAUAUCACAGAUGGACAGUGAUCAGUAUGUGCCAAUAAUGACAGUAGCAAAUCUUGAUCAUGUCAAGAAACUCAGUACUGAUAUGGAUUUGAUUGUUGAAGUGCUGAGAUCGUUGCCUUUAGUUCAAGUGGAUGAAAAGGGGGAAAAAGUUCGGCCAAAUCAGAAUCGCUGUAUUGUGAUUUUACGUGAAGUACCUGAAUCUACUCCCAUUGAAGAGGUUGAAGCACUUUUCAAAGGAGACAAUUUGCCUAAGUUCAUCAACUGUGAGUUUGCCUAUAAUGACAAUUGGUUCAUCACAUUUGAAUCGGAAGCUGAUGCACAGCAGGCUUACAGAUACCUUAGAGAAGAAGUGAAGACUUUCCAAGGAAAACCAAUUAAGGCAAGGAUAAAAGCAAAGGCAAUAGCUAUAAACACAUUUUUGCCAAAGAAUGGAUAUAGACCUCUGGAUAUGAACCUCUACACACAGCAGCGCUACACAACAUCCUUUUACAUACCUCCAGUAUACAGUCCCCAGCAGCACUUCCCACUGUACAGCUUAAUUGGCCCACAGACCUGGUCAGCCACACACAGCUACCUUGACCCUUCAUUGGUAACACCAUUUCCAAAUACUGGAUUUAUCAAUGGGUUCACAUCUCCAACCUUCAAGCCUGCUGCUUCUCCACUGACAACACUCAGACAGUAUCCUCCCAGGAACAGGAACCCUAGCAAGUCACAUAUACGCCAUACAAUACCCAGUGCAGAAAGGGGACCUGGGCUUCUAGACAGUCCUACAAUAUUCAACUUUUCUGCUGAUCGUUUAAUCAAUGGCGUCAGGAGUCCACAGACGCGGCAGCCGGGACAAAGCAGGACACGGGUGCAGAGCGCUACCACCAGUUACACCAAGAGGGAAGUGGGAACUGGGCGGAUGGAGCAGACCAGCGUGGACUCGUCCCCUGGAUUAGGGAGAGGAAGGAAAAACUCAUACGGCUACCGAAAGAAAAGGGAGGACAAGUUUACAAGAGGCCAAACACAGUCUCCACCACCCCCAAAACCUCCAUCUCCCAGCUUUGAAUUGGGUUUAUCUAGCUUUCCUCCAUUACCCGGGGCUGCUGGCAAUUUAAAGACUGAAGACCUGUUUGAAAACAGACUGUCCAGUGUGGUAAUAGGAACGUCAAAAGAAAGAAACAUUAAUGUGGAUGCAAGUACAAACACUAUUCCAUCAGGAAUUCCUCGAGAGCCGUUACCAGUUUCUUCUACAUUGCCCAGGACCUUUGAAAGGUCUCCUUCGCCACCCCAGCCUACUGAGGACUCCAAAGUUGUGGAUAAACAGCAGAGAGAGACACAGAGUACAGAAAGACUUUCUUCUUCCACUCUGAGUACUGCAUGUAAAUCGGUACAAGUCAAUGGGGCUGCCACAGAACUGCGAAAACCUAGUUAUGCGGAAAUUUGCCAGAGAACAACUAAGGAUCCUCCUACAUUGCAACCCCAGAAAGAACAGAAGCCAAACACUGUAGCAUGUGGGAAAGAAGAAAAAAAGCCCACAGAAACAAUAGAGAAAAACAGAGAACCUCCUCCUGCAAAGUCACAUCCUGGACAACCCAAAGACCAGAGAAGACAGUCAGGACGCAGAUCGUCCCCUCCAGCCGUUGGCAAACGCUUAAAUAAAGAACAGAGUACCCCUCCAAAAUCUCCUCAGUGAAAAUAACACCUGGGAGGGAUUUGAGAAGAGGUCUGUUUCCCACAAAUUAAACCCAUGUUCCCACUAAGAUACCUGAGAAUGAGUUGCUGGUUAGGAGCUUGCAGUGAUACAAGGCAUGUAACAAUGCCUGCAAGUUAUUUUUUUGUGAAAUACUUUUUCCCCCUCUUGAACAAGCAUUCUGUUUUUCUGGGUAUUUCUGGAUAGUUGUUCUAAAUCUUACAUUUAGAUUGGUGCUUAAUUGGAGGUGAAGCUUAGUGUGAUUUUUUUUUUUUUUUUCCAAGAUGUAAAAUAUUUGUCUUUAAAAAAAAUCAACUUUCUAUUAAGCCUCUCUGUGGCUGUGUGAGUGCAAGCUCUGUAUAGUGAGUUUUUUCUAAACUGUUAAGCAGAAACAUGCUGCUGCAAUAUUUUUAAUGAACUGGUCUGCAAGUACAUAUCUAAAUUAGUGUCCAAAAGACUGAUAACGGCAGCUAGUGUGUAGAGUGCAAGAAAGUAGAUAUAUUUUACAAAUUAGUAUGUGACCUUGAAGAUUUUUUUUUAUUGGGCUGCUGUACUAAGUGUCAGCAAACGAACUUGCACUUUUAGGUUAAAUGAGUAGCUGUUUCUAGCAUUUUUAAAAACUUAAUCCUUUUUUGAUGUUUUGCACACAAAAAAAUUAAUUCUACAGGGCACCAUAGCAGUCUUUCUGAAAUAUUUCCUUUUUUGACUUACUGCAAGCAAGUAACCAUCUUCUCACUCCAGAAUAAAACUGAUGUUAUAAUUUGCAAAUACAAAGCACAUUGUGAAUAGAAAGAAUCAAGUCUGUGAGCUUCUAUGGUGGUGAAGCCUGUUAGUGGAUGUUAUCAGGAGAAAGCAGAGUAGCCUUCUUGUGAUAACCUUAGCUUCCCUGUGCUUGUAAGGGAGUUAACUGAGUCAGCGCUGUAUAUUCUGGUUACCCCUGUGCUCUGUGUAGGCUUUUUUUUUAAACUUUGCCCCAAGUGCUCUUUGAAAGAGUUCAUAUCUUAGUCAGCCUUGUGUUGACAUCUUCCUGUAACUACAAGCAUUGGCAUACGGAUUUAAAUUUUCCAAGACGUGAGAUAAUGGUGUUUGUUUUGUGUGGUGGAGGAAGAGAUCCCUGAUAUUUACCUCUGGGAUGAGGUUUCUCACACUUAUUUACUUUAGAAGUGAUGCGCUUUCUGAAGGACAAGGAUGCACUAAAUUAGCAAGUUUCUAAUAAAGUUGAAUAUAAAUUAUUUUUGUUUUAAAAUGCCUAAAGCUUUUCUUUAAGUGUUUAAACUGCAGGAAGUUCAGACAAAACUCAUUCCUGCUGACUAUGACAGUACAGUUUAUUCCACAAAAUGUUUAUUUAAACAACUGAUUUUUUUAAAGAAUUAUUUCCAUCCAAUAUUUAAAGACUUGAAUUUUAUUUAAACUUGAAAAUGACUUUGCCUUAACUUUUGUACAAGACAGUUUAGAGUUAAUGAGGUCUGACCCCGUGGAGGGUUAGCAUGAAUGGCAUACAGAAUUACUCAGUUACAGUAUGUAUCUAUUGUCACUGGUCUUACUGGGUAAACAUACUGUAGUACAGGAACUAGCAGCAGUUUUUGUAAUAUACCUUAAAGAUCUUAAACAGUUGAUCUUUUUCAGAUUGUUGAAAAACCUGUAAAUGCAAAUAGUCAAUACUGUAUUAAAUAUGUGCACUUGGAAGUGUGUGCUUUGCUUGUACAGUUGUAAAUAAUCAGAACAUAUAAAAAGGUACCCUAAAGAAAAAAAUCUGAUAAAAAUUAUUGAUAUUAUAAAUGUUGCUGUUGAGCUGGAUGUAGAUAAACUAAAUGUUGUGGUUUGAAUAUUACUUUAAUUUGUUGUUUUUUCUUUUUCUUAUUUUAUUCUGGUGUGUUGAACUGACUCUGCCUCUUCACUGCAAAAGGGAAAUGGAACGAAAGUCUUAUUUGAAAGCCCUCAAAUAUUUUCCUAAAGUCCCUUUAAAACCAAACAAUUUAACCAAUUCAAAAGUGUUCUGCAAUGUAAAUAAUGAAUUUCAGCAGUCAAACUGUAAUUUUUAAGUCAUUAAUAAAAAUCAAGUCUAAUUGGGGAAAAACUUGACUGCUGCAAAAAUAUACACUGAAGCUUACUUGUCUGCUUUCAAGAGUAUCAAUGCGUGGUUCACAGAACUGUAAAGUAACUAUAGAAGUGGACUCCUGAUAAAUUUCCUAUUACAAGCAUCAAUUGUUAACUAGUUGGCAUUGUAAAUCCAGCCUGUUGUAUGCUGCAGAAUUGGUCAAAAUAGGGCAUGUGGAGUCUGUUGAUUUUUCCUGUUCAAAAGCGCACUUUGUGAAUGCUGUGGGAGGAGAUAGGACCCCGACACCAUCACCAAAACUGCUCAACGACUUCUGUCAUUGAUUUUUAUCCCCUUCUCCUUUCCCCAGCGGCAGUGAAAGCGGUAGCUAGAUUUGUGUAUGGUUUAGGCCAGCUGUAUGAUUCAUUUUGUUUGUCUGCUGCAAGUGAAAGGCUUUACCAGCUGCAAACAGUGGCAAGUGGUCCCUUCCAGCAGCUGUGAGCAGCUCGUCCCGGUGCUCGGCCGGUGCCCGAGGUGAUCUGUUGAGACCAGUGGGAUGUGUUGUGCUGUUCUAAAUGUAUUCUGCUGCCAUUUGUGAUAGGUCAAUACACUGUAAUUACUGCUUACCCAGCAACAGUCUGUUGCAUCUAAAGUUUAAACCUUCCUCUGAUGUGGUUUUAUAGCUUUUUUAAAAAAAAAAGUGACACGCCAAAUCGCUGUGUAAUAUACAAUACAACUUCUCCUUACUGUAUUUUGCUUUGAGAUUUAUUUCCCCCCUCCCCCGCAGUGACAAAAUGGAGUUUUCGGAGUAGAGUUGUGAAGUUGCAUGCAGACUGUUGCUAUGAUACAGAGAGGGAUUAAAACAUAGCUUUUAAAAUUAAAAAUCUCCCAAAAGCAGUAGCUGAGCUCAAGGUUCAGGGAUCCAGUAAUUAAAAUUGGCAUUUUACACUGUUAGAACUGUGUGGUGAUGCUUUUCAUUUUGAAAACAAGUCAAAAUGGGAUCUGAGGUUCUUCCAGGAAUUUAACAAAAAAAGUUGCUUUCAAAACUGAAUGUAAUUUCAAGAUCAGUCCCACCCUGUGACACUGUCACUUAGAAACGUGUGAGCAGUGGCAAGUUUUUUAUGUUGCUGCCUUGUCCUUCAAAGCCUUGAGCCCUUGGCAUGGAAGGCCCUUGUUGGAGUGUGGGGCAGUGUAUCAGGAGCAACAGCUGACUGUAAUGGUGCACACCUAUCUCUGUAUCUCCUUCAGCUACAGGUAGGGGUUUUGUGCUUCGAAACCUAUUACACUAAUAGCAGCAGACAAUCCAAGAUUUCUGAGGAGACCUAACAGCUGCCAAUUCACAAAAUAGAAGUGUAAUAUGGGAGCCUUUUUGAGGGUUUUUGUUUUUGUUCUUCUUCCAUUAAGACUGGAAUCAAGCUUACAUGUAAACUAUCAGUAAUUUAAGUUUCCUUUUGUGUCAUAAAAAUGUAAAACUGUCUAAUUUGAAAAAAAAAAUAUGUAGGUUAUGAAAAAUAAAGAUUUAGGCACUGUUGAAUUCCUGAUUUUUUUAAUUAAACAUUUCUUCAGCAGUAUUUUUCAUUACCUUUUGUCUUUUGCUCCCAUUUUUGGAAAUUGUAUAUUUCUAAUUUUGGGAAAAGAAACCCUUUUGCUUUCCUGUUCAACACAGCUCUUGUAACCAUCACCUAAGGCUCUGUAUCAGCAGCAAGAACCUCGGUGAUAUAUCUCUGAAGGCUGCAGUGUCUUUCUCUAUUAGGUAACUAUGACUGUUUAACUUUUUUAAAGCAAACACAAAAGCUGAUGUGCUGUUUACUGAAGGUUCUAUUCAUGGGUUUCAUCAAUUUAUUAGAUAAGGUGUUGACUUGGUCCUAAAUAUGGAUUUUAAUGUUUGGGUUGAUGCUUUGGUUGCACGGCAUUUGAAUCUGGAGAUGUCUUGGGAUUAUUUUUGGCUUUAGCUGGUGUUGGAAGUUCUUCUCGAAGAAGGUCUUGCAUCUAGGAAAGAAGAGUUUUGAGUUUCUGUGAUAUCCUCUGUGUACAUAAAAGAAUAAUUUGGAAAUAAUUCAAACACCACCCCACCACUCCCUUUUUUGUUUUGUUUUGUUGAGGUUUUUCUCUUACACAGCUAUAUCUGACCAAUUAUAACAAUGGAUGUAAGCAUGGAAAUAUUAACAAUUGCUGUGGUUUAUAUGCAUCUUGGGAAGUACUGCAGUAUUAUUCCUCAUGCUGAUGGUUCUGUAAGCUCCUGGACAGGUUAGACUGUUACUGCUUCUAUUUCCUCACUACUGUCUGCUCAGCAGAGUAAGCCAACACAGGAAUACCAGCCUGCACUGGGCACUGUGAGCAUCUCCAGGCUGGAAAAUUCACUUAACCAUUGGGCUUUGGUGGUGACCUGGGCUACAAGUAGUUGAAGGCAACCAGUUUUCACUUGAACAUGGAGUAUCCUGUUCUGCCCUUGGACAAAUUUUUCAACCACUUAAUGUGUAAAAAAUGCAUGGAAAUUUGUCAGCAAAGUUGCCAUAACUGUCUAAUGUGGCUGUGGAGGACCACCCCAGCUCUCACAAAAUUUGGGGAUCUAUUUGUUUGCACAACAAAACUGGGCAGUGUCCUCUUUGUGCUGAUUUUCCUCAAUAAAAAGUCAUGUUCAGUGAUGGCUGCAGCAAUGUUCAUGCUAAACACAUGGUUUUGUGUCCUCUUGGGCAUGAUGAGAAAGAGUGAAUGUAGAAAAUUAUGUGCAAUUUGAGCAUCCAAAGGUUACUUACUGUCACAGAAACUGAUUCAUUACGCUUUCAUCCUAAGGCUUUUUUUUAGAAAAUAAGAUUUCAUGAAGUUUUAAGUUUUCUAAUAUGCUUUUACUUCACAAACCUUUAUAAUAAAACCUCUUGUUCUGGUA